AAUGGCCGUCGUGCACUUCGGCUGCGUAAAAUAAUCAAUAAACAGCAGUUCCAGUGAGUUAUUAAUACAUUACUGUAAAAAUGGAGUUAUACCUUAAGGCCAAUGUGAUUAUUUCAAAAAAAUCUUACAAGUAGAAGGGCUGUUGAUUAGUUAAAACAAGUGAAGAUUUCCACCUGUCAAAACUCGCAAGACCAUUUCGUAUCCUUGGUGACUGCCUAGCAACCGACACAACAACAUAGCAACAUUGGAGACCGACAGGAGUAGCCUUGGUGACGCAGCCAUGGCAACCACAGCCCGCUUCGCAUCAGCAGGAGGAGGCAACAGCAGCCCUCCCACGCCAGCUCCGGCGACAACACCCCCUGCUCAGCCUCAGCAAACUCAGCUUAUCGUUCUACCAGCGAGUUUACAUCAGACGACGGGUACAAUUGUUAAUGGCGUUCCAGUGAUAGACGUCUCUGCUUUGGAACAGGCGGCGGAUUCCAGCAACGAAAGUACUGCUACCAACGAGCAACAAAACGAGAACCACGAGCCAGAUCCAUUAGCGACUGCAUCUCCUCACUAUAUCACUGUUACAGUUGCUGAAAGUGACACUGUGGCUUCUCAUCAAGGUUACCACAUCCAGUAUGUCGAACCAGAAAUAUACGCUACCCAAACGAACGGCGGGCAGGCACAAAUGGCGUAUCCGGUGUAUGCUGUCGGAGAAUCUGCGACACUAUAUCCAAUAGCGAAUGCUGGACAGGGACAGAGUCAGUACUACGCAGCCACCAACUCUGGCACUACGACAGUAACCGGAACAGUGGGAUACACUACCACCGGGGGUCAGUAUGUUGUUCAGCAUACUGUCGAUGCCGAUUCUCUCAUAUCUUCAAACAGGGUAUCUCCGCAAACUACAAGUGCGGAGACAAGUUACGUAGCUACGGCGACAGUGCAUGCUUCCCAGCCUUCGGGACAAGUAGUUGCAGGUGAAGACGUAGGAUCCGCUCUAGGACAUGCUACCAGGGUAGCUCCUGCCACCGUGCAAUGGUUACUAGAAAACUAUGAAACUGCCGAAGGAGUUUCAUUACCUCGUUCUACAUUAUACGCUCACUACCUCAGACAUUGUGCCGAAAACAAAUUGGAACCUGUGAAUGCUGCCUCUUUCGGAAAAUUAAUCAGGUCCGUAUUUUUGGGACUGAGGACGCGACGAUUAGGAACUAGGGGAAACUCAAAAUACCAUUACUACGGAAUCAGAGUCAAACCUGGCUCUUCGUUAAUGAAUUUAGAAGACCAAAGCAGUCGUGUGGUACUGAGCUCUAAUAACACAAACGGAAAAGCUCAAGGAACUGUUCGGCCUUUUAAACGCAGUUCGGAUUCUUCGGACUCGGUUAAUUCUGGUUUAUCUCAACACGUUGCUUAUCUUGGUGAUGGUAGUAGUGCAAUUCCCGCUUUUCCUGAUAUACAAUUUCGUGAACCAUUGCCAGAAGAUUGCGGUUACGAAGACGUAGACACAUUAAAAUCAAUUUACAGAGAACACUUAGAAGCAUUUUUAGAUGCAAUUUUGAGUUUAGAAUUCGCUACAGUUGAAUCUCUGUGGAGAGAAUUUUGGAGGUCUCAGUAUAAUAAUAAUAGCGAUGAAUGCGAAGAAGAAAAAUAUCUUUCGAAGUCAAAGUUGUUUUCUCUAUGCAGUUUGGAGCCUGUUCAGCAUUUUAUGAGACAAGUAGAUUUGGUGUUUUACCAAAAUCUUAUUCAAGUUUUGGUGCCUGACGUUUUGAAACCGAUACCUGCCACUUUGACUCAAAGUAUACGAAACUUUGCUAAAAAUCUAGAAAAUUGGUUAACAACCGCAAUGACUGGUGCUCCUCCAGCGAUGCUCCAAAUCAAGCUAACUGCAGUCUCAGCCUUCAGCUCAAGUUUACGCCGCUACACUUCACUCAAUCACCUCGCUCAAGCAGCUAGAGCUGUCUUGCAUAACAGCAAUCAAAUAGGACAGAUGUUAGCGGAUUUGAAUCGAGUCGAUUUUCACAGUGUUAGAGAACAAGCGUCAUGGGUAUGUCAAUGCGACAACGAUCUGGUAGCCCGAUUCGAAAACGAUUUUAAACUCACCCUCCAACAGCAAAACUCAUUAGAACAGUGGGCUUCGUGGUUGAAGAACGUCGUUAAAAGUGCUUUGAAGCCAUACGAAGGAAAGCCAAGCUUCUCGAAGGCUGCUAGGCAGUUUUUGCUCAAGUGGAGCUUCUACAGUUCCAUGGUUAUCAGGGAUUUGACGCUGCGAUCUGCAGCUAGUUUUGGAAGUUUCCAUUUGAUAAGGUUGCUGUAUGAUGAAUAUAUGUUUUAUUUGAUUGAACAUCAAGUAGCUGAGGCCACAGGAGUUGUACCGAUUGCUGUUAUUCUCGAAGGAAUUAAGCAAGAUAUAAUGGAAAACAGUCUGAGCGUCUACGGCAACGAUGGAUUUUCUUCAACAAAACUGGCAUGCGUCAGUCCAACAGAGCCCCUAUCAAAACGUCCUAAAAUUAGCUAGCUUAAAAGCAAAACCAGAAUUGUUGUUUAUCCAUUUCAUUGAUUACACUAUUAGAAUAGGUUUUUUCACCAAAAAUUAUUUAUUCAUUGUUUUGUAAUAGUUACAAACGGACAUUUUUGUUUUAUUUUUAUUUUCAGGUUUGUUGGGACCACCUUUAUCUAUUUCGUUCGGUUCUGGUCAUUUAAGGUUAUACUGUUGCUACUUUAAAACGGAUUUUAGCUUUUUGCAAAUUUAUAGAUAUAUUAGAUGUUUAAAAGAUCACUAAAAUUAUUAAUUUGAAAAUAAUGCAACCCGCUAUGUAAUCAAAAUACGAAAAACUAUUUUUGUGAAUCAAUUUAUUGGAGGAGAGUUGUGCAGUGACUUAUUUCUUUAACUGAAGGUUUUGUUAGCUGGUAAAGACGUUUGGAACUCAAUUGUUGCAUUUCCUUAUGGCUUACUACCAUAAAUCACGGAUAAAAUAUGUCACCAUGUCUGUUUGUGUUGAUUUUGUAAUAGUUCUUAUAAAUCGGCUGGUCUAUUGGGUUUAGUUAUAAAACUAUUGUUUUAAGAAAUCGGUCAGACACCUGUAUAUUAAUUUUUUUAUAAAUCUCUGAAAGUUAGCAUAGUUACAGAUUAAUACAACUAGAUUCACUUAUAAAAUUAAUAACACUUCACAAGAUUGAGUUGCUAGGGCAUCUUCAAGGUUGUGUGGUGUCUUACCUACUGAUAUUUUCCUCACGGACUUGCAGAACGUUGGUUACCAUCAUAGCUAUUUUAACCUGAUUCAAUGUCACCCUAAAUAGCAUGCUUGUAUCAAUACCAUCCCAAUUUCUCAAGCUCUUUAAUUAUGAAAACUUUGUUCGUCCUGGACCACGUUUGCCUGCUAUUUUUCCUUGCAUAAUUUUUGUAGCAAUCUAUAUUUGGGGCCUCUGAAGUACAUCAUGUCUCUCUUGUUGCUGAUUUUUAUAAUUUCGGGGUCUUGCUGAGACGUUCUAGUGUUGUGGAUUUUCGAAUCUUAUCCACCCAAGAAACUUUUAAAAUCACCAAAGGCCGAAAGUCUCAAGGCAUUUUAAAUCACUUUUAUUCACAAGACGGCAUUACUUAAUGUCCAAGACUCGACAUUAAGUAAGGCCGAGAUCUAGGUUCAUCCGAAAUGUCAAUUUUAGGUUUCUGCUACAUAAUACCUUGAGCAUUCUUCUGAAAGCUACUCUAGCCUGCUCAAUUCUGUAUAUAAUUUCACACGCUUUAAAAUUUAUUUGAUAUUCAAGGUAAAACAUUUGAUUAAUUUGCAUAUAAGCAUAUCGCUUGUAUCCGAGAAGUGACAUAUUAUUAACUCAAUGUGAUGACAAGGAUUAUACUGGCAAUAUAAUCUAUGGAAAAGCUAAGACCUCGAUGUGAGAGACUGUUGAAGAAAGGGUACCAUCCGUUAAGAUAGACCAAAUGCACUCUAUCGUAGAAUUCAAUCUUUUUUUCAUUUUUUUUACGUUUUAAGUGAUUAAAAAAUAGACUCAUCGGAAUGUUAACCCUCCACUACCAUUCCCCUACCCUAACCCAAAAAAGUCAUUUUUCGGUGGGUUACAAUCAAUUUAAAAAUUUCAAAAAAUUCACAAAUAUAGUUAAGGCUUUUAAAACACUUUUUUAAAUUAUUUUCUCGAAAAAAAAAAACGUACAACUUUUGAUUGGAAAUGUCUGUGAAAUAUGAAAAAAUUUAGUUUUUUUUUCUAUUUUUUGUAUUUAAUCAAAAAAUAUAUUUCCAGAUUUUUUUAGAUUUUUCCAUUAGGUUCGCCACCUUCAGAAACCCGAAAAUGUGAGUUUUUUAGGUUUUUUUUUUGGGGAUUUUCCCCCUUUUAUAGACUUCAAAAUGGAUCAAAUCAAGGUUUUUUUAUGGAUUAUAUAUAAUUUGAAGUAACGAAGUCUUUUGGGUGGAACACCUUUAACCUUAAAAAUAUGUUUUUAAAAGUUUUUGGAGUUUUUGCGGGGUUAAUCAUUUGAGAUCGAUACAAUCUGAUUGAAUACGUCUCCAAUUCAUGUUUAAAAAUAUAUGAGGAUUAAUAUUUUAAGGUCACAAAGAAGCAAAUUCAACUAUCGUUUAUGCGAAAAACCAGGUUUUCAAGCGUUAUUAUAGUGUUUUUAUUGGCUUUGUCCAAGUGUUUAACCUUUUUACAUCAUGUUUACAAAAAUUUUAUAAAACAACACGAAACGAUGUAUUUUCCAUAUUCAGAGAAGCUAAAAAUUUCUUGCAACAUGCGAAGAACCCGGUUUUCAAGUUUUUUGGGGAUUUUACUGGAUUUUAAAAUAAAAUCCCGUCUCAUGUUGUAUAUAGAAAAGUAAAAAGUUGAGUAAAAACUACCGAAUAACCCCUGAAAAACCUGUUUUUUAGCGUAAAGGAUGGUUGUAUUUUGUUCUUCCAGGCCUGGAGAUUUUCUUUUUCAUAUAUUUUUUUAAUAUAAAUUGGAGACUCAUCGAUUCAGUACUAG